GGAAAAUCCCUGACAUGAACAAAAGGAGUGAAAGCAGCAGGCGGAUGAGACUUCUGAGGAGAGAAAAACCUUAUUCAGCAACAGAGACAACCAGGUGGUUUCCGUCAAAUAUAACAUCAGGAGGUGCUUUAUGUUUUUGCAUGACCCACCUUUGGAUUUGGGCCUACCUAGGCUUUUACAAGCCCAGUUGGAGUAACUUGAGUUUCUCCUGGUUGGAGGACUAAACAUCCAAGUCACCCAACGGAGAAAUACAACCAUACCUCAUAUAGUCAAAGGAGACAUUUGGUUCCCACGAAGGGAGGCAGACUGUACUGCACUCCAGCCAUGCAGACGGUAGGAGUGGAACAAGACGAUUCCUGUGACUUCCUGUUCAAGAUCAUCCUGAUAGGAGACUCUAACGUGGGGAAGACCUGCAUCGUCCAGAACUUCAAAUCGGGGGUCUUCUCAGAGAGGCAGCAGAACACCAUUGGAGUUGACUUCACCGUGCGAACCAUGGAUAUCGAUGGGAAGAAAGUCAAGAUGCAGGUGUGGGACACGGCAGGCCAGGAGAGGUUUCGUACAAUUACGCAGAGCUACUACCGCAGUGCCCAUGGCGCCAUGAUCGCCUAUGACAUCACGAGACGUGCCACUUUUGAAUCGGUGACCCACUGGAUCCAGGAAGUGGAACUCUGUGGAGCAGCAAAUGUGGUGCUGGUUCUCAUAGGUAACAAAUGUGACUUGGAGUCAGAGCGUCAGGUUCGGUUUCAGGAAGCCUGUUGUCUGGCCAAGGAAAGAGAGAUACUAGUUGCUCUAGAAACAUCUGCUAAGGAGAGCCAAAAUGUGGAGGACGCCUUCAUGUUGAUGGCCAGGGAGCUGCUGUCUCGCAACGGCCUCUCCGUCCAGCAGGGAGAUGCAGCUAGCAGCCGGUCCCAAUGCGUCCUCCUCCGAACCAACUCUCGGCCAGUUAAUGGCACCACAGCCACCUAUUCUGCGGCAUCAGAGAAGAAGUCAUGUUGCUAACAGAAGCGACAGAGGAUGAGUUGGACAAAGGAGGGUAUGAAGGAAGAAAGGGAUGGUACCAGAUGGGUGGAGCUCUAACAUUAAAGACCCGGGACACACGCAUGGGUGUUUUCAGUUGAUUUGGCUGAUUAGUCCUCUUCUCAAGUCACAUCGUGUGACUUGUACACGUCGUGUUAGACUGACAGCUCCCUGACUCUCCUGUGUUAAUUUGUCGAGCCUGCUAGGAGGGACAGCUUACCCCGUUGAUCCUGUUGAGUAUAUGAAAACAAGCUGACUUCACCUUGGACCAUACAUAGCUCCACUCCACCCCCCAACCUCAAAACUGGUCUAACCAGCUAGAAAACCAAAAACACUUGUUUGUGUGUGUGUGUGUGUGUGUGUGUGUGUGUGUGUGU